GGAAUUCCACCGUGGGGUGACCGAGAACGCGGCGGUACGAAAGGCUACAACAUGGCUCCUACGCGUGCGAGGACGCGGUCGCUUCUUUGUGUGACGCACGUCGAUUCGGCUGAGGGAGGAAGUCGAGCACUGUAUCCGGGACCGUCGUUGGAUGUGGCCAACACCGAUCACUCCACGGGAGGCUCUAAAGCCCCAGUCGAAAGCUCCCUCCCCCCCGGUCUACUGGACGUAAACGACAGUCCGGGGUUGUAGCCACGUUGUUCUCGCAAUGGCCGAGACUAUCGAAACGUUCCAGUCCCAGCUUUCUGGCGUGAUGGAAACGGUGUUCAAGGCUGCCAUGUACGAGAUCACCCGGCUGGUGGAGGACAGUUUCUUGGAGGAAGUGACACGGUGCAGGGAUCAGGUCGACUCGCUGAAGAGGCGACUGAAGUGGUCGGAGGGUCGACGCAAGGACAGGGAGGGGGACGGGACGGGGAGGUGCGUGGACUGCGGGAGAGUGUCCGAGGAGGAGGGAUCCAGAGCCGCAGAGCAUUGUCUGAAACAAGAGCAUGAACCUCAGGAGGGGAUGCAUUGCUCCCAGGGCGCUGAUGCAGAGACACCUGACCAUGAAGUGGAAGAGGCAAAACCAGAGGCCCACAGCUCCACGAGGGCGACACAGUCUCCUGGUGGACAAGGUGAAAAGUUGGAAAGACUGCUCAAGCAGGAAGUCCCUCACAUCCCACCAGAAAUCAAUGAGUCCCAAGAGAGAUGGGGAGUCCACCUGGAAGAAAACGAUAUAUCAGGUCUGCCUGGGCCCAGUAAACGUUUCAGUGACCAGAAGAUCCCAAAGUGCCAUGUGAACUGGGACGCUGGCUUUGUGCAGAGGCCAGAAUCAGGCCAACAUGGACACUCGGGUGACCCAUCCGAACCCCUUUUUCAGAGCAGGUAUGGCAUGGAAGACUUGGGUGGCUUUAACAAGACUGCCUAUAGCGAUGCCAGCAUGAUCGAAAUGGGCAACUUAGGUGGGUUACAAGGAUCACCAUCCCACCUGGGUGAGGAUCUGAAUUACAUGGGGCACUUUGAGGGGGAUGUGCAAGCACCUGGGGUCACUGCGCAUCAAGCGUACCAAACAGGUGCUUCACGGAAUAGAAGGGGUACGGUCAGUUCACCUGCAGGCUCACCCUCAAGGACUAACAUUGAUGUAAGUGGAGAAUUCAGCUGUUUAUUGAUUAAUGAGGAAGGGUAUCUACAGGAUCCGAGUAUCUUGUACCCUGAACAGGUGUCUGGGGAUUCAGAUGGCAGAAUCCGCGGCCAGGGCGUUCAAACUGACCAGUCUUUAGAAAGCAAAGAGGAUAUGUAUGGGGCCUCAGAAACAUACAGCGAUACCUUAAACUUGGGCGCGAGACUGCAGCAUCAGGCAGCCGGGAGAGGAGGGAGGAGACAGACUAGUAACCAGUGCUCCAUGUCAUUCCCUGAUUCUGCCUCUCUCAAGGCUCACAAGCAGACACAUAAAGGUACCGGACAAGAGUUACCAUACUCCUGCACCCAGUGCGGAAAGACGUUCACUCAAGCUUGUAACCUCAAAGUCCACCAGAGGAUCCACUCUGGACAGGGGCUCAACCUUUGCAGCCAUUGUGGAAAAGGUUUCCCUUCUUUUUCUGAACUGAAGACACAUAAAUGUGGCCAAACAGGCGACAAACCUUACUGCUGUACUGUAUGUGGGAACAAGUUCAGCCGUCUCUGGAAUCUGAAGUUGCACAGGAGGAUUCACACACAGGAAAAACCUCACCAGUGCACCAUGUGUGAUAAGAGCUUCACACGGGCGGACAUAUUGAAGGUUCACCAGCGCACCCACACAGGGGAAAGACCAUACUGCUGUGCUGUCUGUGGCCUCAGCUUCAAACGCCUGGACCAUCUGAAAUCACAUCAGCGCAAACACAUGUCAGACCUAUAAAACUAGGGAAGUUUGAGUAAAGAGCAUCAAAUGAUUUGAGAUUUAUAAAGAGAUUUUUUUAAGAGACAUGGUUGUUUUUCAUCAACAUAGCAACAACCCAAAGUGGUAUUUCGCCCCCCCCCCCCCCCUCAUCUAUUCAAAUCCAUGUUUUCAUUCAAAAACAUUUUGGUGUGCAAGCAAAAAUGUUAAACAAAAAGAACACCAGAUACCCAUUUAUUGCUGCAUAUUUUGUUAAUGGAGAAAAAAACUAAUUUUAAAUGAAAUUGGCUUAAAAGACUGAGUAGCAUCAUACUUAUGACUACAUUUCAGAUUCAGAAUGCAUUACUGCCAAUAUAAAAAAAAAUCAUUUGUUACUCUCCCACGUCUGUAAAUAAAACAAAUGAGACCAAAUCCAUGACAUUUAAUCAAAUUUCUGUUACGUUGUUGUUCUGUGUUCCUUUUUUUUUGAGAGUGCUUUGUUCUCUGAAUAAACUUCCAUUCUGUAAGAUGUGGAAUUGAAAUUAAA